AAUGGAUGGGCUGCAGGAAGCUAUUAGUAGUCUAGCAGCUACUAGUAUCUAUCGUGCCUGAUCGUUCUCUGAGCGUCAUCCUAGUCCAAUCAUCGUCUGUGCAUCUCAUUCAGACCCUUAUCUCUGUCGAGUUCGAGCCAACACUGCCCUGCAGGUCCCGAUAAAAAUCCCCGCCUCCACUUGCGGGUCAUUAGCAGUCUGGGGGCGACCUAUCUCAUUCCAUCUACCAACUUUUAAUGAUCUGUGCUCAUCGACCUGCGUGAUACUGGACAAUUGGUGUUAUGCCCAUCUACACACUAGCCGCCGCGCCUGUAUAGCUAAUGCGCUCACCACAAGACCAGGAUCUCUGUGUCGAGCCCUCACUACCCGCGACGUAACCUGCAGGUCACCUCUCGUCUACUCAAGACCCGGUGACAUCCAUUCAAAAUCAAAGCGCCAAGUGCUCUCCCCACGUUCGAUAAGCAUGCUCCGCUCUGACCCUACGCUUUAUCCGAACAUUCUUGGGUGGACUUGACAAGCAUGAACGAGGGCUCUGCGGAGAAGAGGCCAGAAUUGGCUAUGGAAUCUUCAACAUUCAAAGGGCCUCGAGGAAAGCCGAGUGCGCGGCCCCAGACAAUGAACACAGAUAGCAGUUCUACUUCUAAGAGGCGCUGUGUCAGCACAGCCUGCAUCGCCUGUCGCCGAAGGAAAUCGAAGGUACAGGAGCUACUUUCACUGCCUCCAAAAACUUCACAUCUAAUGUUUGCUCCCAGUGCGAUGGCAAUCUACCCAGCUGUGCAGCCUGCUCCUCAGUAUACCAUACGACUUGUAAUUUCACCACAUCAACGAAUUUGUAACGCGAUAGACAUGACUAACUACUUCUUAGGUGUUUAUGAUCCGAAUUCCGACCAUCGUCGCAAAGGGGUGUAUAAGAAGGACACUGAUACGCUGCGGACUAAGAAUGCGACUCUAUUGACCUUGAUCCAAGCCAUACUGAACUAUGAAGAAGAGGACGCUUUUGACUUAGUCCGACAGAUACGAUCCUGCGACAAUUUAGAAGAUGUAGCACAGUCGAUUAUGGGUCAGGAAAGGAGUUUGACGUCCACUUCCAGGGAUCCAAUACCUAAUGGAGAUUAUGAUCCGACACAGACAGAUCAGUUCGAGUCAGAAUUAGCGGGAAAGAUGAGUGGCCUUAUGCUGGACGGCUCUCGGAAGUUUAUUGGUGGCACUUCGAACCUCAUCUUCUUGCCGCCUGGGUCGGAGCUCUAUGAGUAUAAUACGGACUUGGAAGGCCAGAGUGUGGGCCAUACACCCGAUCGCUCUAUUACUCAAUGGACGAGAGUGACUACGGAUAAACAAUUACUUAGCCACCUCAUGACGAUGUACUUCACAUGGCAUUACCCUUUUUUCACAACCCUCUCAAAAGAUCUCUUCUAUCGCGAUUAUAUUCAUGGUGUUUCCGGCCAGUAUUGUUCAUCUCUAUUGGUUAAUGCAAUGCUAGCUCUCGGCUGCCACUUCAGCUCUUGGGACGGGGCUCGGGAAGACCCUCAGAAUCCUGCAACCGCAGGAGAUCACUUUUUCAAGGAAGCAAAAAGGCUUGUGCUCGAAAAUGAUGAGCAUGCAAAUGCGAAACUUUGCACGGUCCAAGCCCUCGCCCUCAUGUCUGUCAGAGAGGCUGGGUGUGGUCGCGAAGGCAAAGGCUGGGUCUAUAGUGGCAUGAGCUUUCGUAUGGCAUUAGAUUUAGGGCUAAACUUCGACUCAACCAGCCUUGGAGCUCGCAACCUUGAUGAAGAGGAGGUUGACGCACGGCGAAUUACUUUCUGGGGCUGUUUCCUUAUUGACAAAUGCUGGUCCAAUUAUCUUGGUCGCCUUCCACAACUAGCAGCUACUAGCGUGAGCGUGCCAAAGAUUGACAUUCUACCGAACGAGGAGGCGGAAUUGUGGUCUCCCUACACUGAUGCUGGGGCGAGCCUUGAAAAUACACAGCCCUCCCGGACCAGAACGGUGGCAUUACAAAUAUCCAAACUGUGUGAGAUCAGUGGUGAUCUACUCGUGUCUUUCUAUGACCCAACUCCCCGAGAUAAACCACUCUCGAAACAGGUUGAACUGAAGAGGCUCAGUGAAAUUCACACGAGGCUUGAGGCAUGGAAGAAGGACUUGCCUAGAGAGCUAGAACCAAAAGAAAGGCUACUACCUCAGGCUUUACUCAUGCAUAUGUUCUACCAACUACUCUUCAUACACCUUUAUCGCCCUUUCCUGAAGUACGCAAAGUCAAACUCACCUCUUCCCCAACACGUCUCUCCCCGUAAGCUGUGCACGCAGGCUGCUUCCGCCAUUUCAAAGCUGCUCCGAAUAUACAAGCGUACCUACGGGUUCAAGCAGAUCUGCAAUGUUGCAGUCUACAUGGCUCAUACCGCCUGCACCAUCCACCUGCUCAACCUCCCGGAAAAGAACGCUCAAAGAGACGUUAUUCAUUGUCUCCGGCACCUGGAUGAAAUGGGCGAAAGCUGGCUUUGCGCUCGACGGACCCUUAGAAUCCUCGAUAUAUCGGCCAGUAAGUGGCAAGUUGAGCUGCCUCCCGAGGCGGUUAUAGUUUUCGAACAGACCCAUCUGAAAUGGGGUUCAUGGGGUUCAUGGGACCAAGCAGCAUCAUCGCCCUCCACGUCUGAACAGUCCCCAUCUUCCGUUGCAGCUCAACCUCCUGCAACAAUUCCAAACAAUCUACCGUCGCCUGGCCAAUUCGCUCCCACACGCGAACCAGGCGAUCCUUUAUUUCCAGGCCCUUCCAAUGCACUUGGAGCUUUAGGCACCCAGUAUGCGACAGGGGUGCCGAUUCCCACGUCUCUGUCGGCCAUGCGAGCAGCUCAGCGGUAUUCAAGUGCACAACUACCACGAACAGACGCCCAAUUACCAGAGCCAACAUAUCUGCGGCCUGUGUCACAUGCUUACGGCUCAAUGCAUACUGUCCCGCUCUCUCGGCAUGACUCUUGGUAUGAUCCAAAGGAUGCACAAGGCCGAUCACUAGGUACCGGUCAAGAUAUAUCAUCCACAUCAAGCGCAUCUCCAAUGACUGGAUUUGGUACACCGGAGAAUUUAGUUGAAGAAAGCCAAGAUUGGUGGUUUCGGGAUGCGAAUGCGUUCAAUCCAGGGUACGAGAAUUGGAAAGAAGGCUGGAACUCUGCUAUGGCUGGGAUGACGCCCGACUUCCGCUACGUCGGGCAGGCAUCCGGGCCUGACAACACUUCCAGGGCUCAAGCAGUCAGGUAUGCUGUGGGAGUCCCUCCUAAUAUAACACAACCGGACGAGAACCCCGCGAUCCCGAGAUACAAUGAGGCAGUGUACCCGAGAAACUACCAGUCUUGAGCUCGAUGGCAUUUCUACGUCCGGCCUGUAUUAUGAUUUACCAUUUGGGAUGUUGGUUAUUUAUGAUUUUAAUGAGGGUACGGUCUUUCUCUUCGUUUUCUUCAGACUCCCUUUCCGCUUGUUUUCUACAUCUUUAUAAAAUGAAAUGUAUACUGUACAGGCUUUGGACCUCUUUCGUGAAAACCCAUAUUCAGGGUACUAUCAGCCACGAUUUUGUAUAUUUUUAUUUCGAGAUCCUUGCUAAUUCUCGCCCUAUACAUCGAGUUGUACGAACCCACAUGGAUAUAUAUUGAGGGUGACUGAAAUCUUAUAUUCAAUGUAAUAAUUUAUGCUGAAAAAAGAAACA